GCGUUGGCCGGGAGGGGAGGGGCCACAGAGCCACCCGUUGCGCAUCAAAUCCCUUGCUCAGAGCUAGCUUUCCAACUCAGCGGCCGGCCAGCCAAGUCUCUGCGUCCUAUCGACUGACACGCUUUCUCCAGCACUAUGUCGUCCAAGUACCCCGUCGGUCCCACGGAAACAGAGCGCUGCAUCGAAUCGCUCCUCGCCGUCUUCCAGCGCUACGCUGGCCGGGAUGGCAACGCCUGUACCCUGUCCAAAAGGGAGUUCCUGACCUUCAUGAACACCGAGCUGGCGAGUUUCAGCAAGAAUCAGAAAGACCCAGGCGUCCUCGAUCGCAUGAUGAAGAAGCUGGACAUGAACAACGAUGGACAGCUGGACUUUGGCGAGUUCUUGAACCUCAUUGGGGGCUUGGCCCAGGCCUGCCACAGCCAGGUGCUGGCAUCCCCCACAGCUAGUGUCCCCCAAAACCAUGAAACACCCCAAUUUUUUGGCCCUUCCGAGCCAAGACCAAUGUCUUUCCCAAACAGUCCAAAAUCUAGCACUUCUGUGAGUCACCAAAACACAAGCCACAUCCGACACGGAAAAGCGAGAGACCCUCUCUUCAUAUAUUAUUUUUUUCUCAAUAAAACGGAUGGGUUAAACACAAAGGUCUCGUUAUUUUCUGUACAAAGCAGCCGGAUGGAAGCAUUUGACUGCACUCUUGCCAGAGGACUUAGCCAUGUGAGGCCCCUGCCCCAAAAUUCUGAACUCCCCCCUUUAUUUAGCAAUUUAAAAAUAAGUCACUUUAGUCCUUUGGAGACAAGUGUGCAGGCAGGAUUCUACUCAACAGUUAGAUAAGUGGGGAGAUAUUUACUUUGUCCUUCCAGAA